AUGAAGAUUUCAACUGGAUUAGGAUAUUUAUUACUACUAGUUUCACAGGUUUUGUGCGUGAAAGCUAUCCAUUCGGGGAGUCCUAACUAUCAAAGAGUUUAUAUUUCAAGAAAAAAAGUACCAAGUAGAACACCCCUUCCGGAGAGAUUCAGAGGGGAGCUGUACUCAGAUGGGUCUGUUGACUGGCUCUCUUCAAGGAGAUUAAAUGGCGGGUGGACUAGAUGGGCUCCAGUGAGUGAAGCAAGAGUACCUCCUCAUAUGGUGAGGCAGUUGAAAUCUCAGCUAGUUGGAAUACCCAGAAGAACUCCACAAAUAUACAGAGAAAGAGCUAUUUCCACCUCACCUGAGUACUCUGGCCUGGGUGUAGCCCCAGGAAGUUAUUUUAAACCCAUCCAAUCUACUCUUCAUCAUUCUGAAAAACAAUUUACCUGGGAGGAAGAAGAUUCAAGCCAUGAAGCUUCACCUCUGUACCUCCAACCAAUAUCUCCGAUCCCAAACCAAACUCGCAGGAGCUACAAUCCAGCUUCAGGAAGGCAAUCAGUUUUUCAACUUCCUGUAAUUGAAAAAAGACCGACUCCGAGAGAUAUUAGUCACACAUAUCAAGAUAGAAGGGUUUUUGUUAGCCCUGAAGACGAAUUGGACAUGGCUAGGUACUUCGAAGAGCAAAACACAUCUCCAAUUUCAAAUAAGAGGGGAAUCAAGCAAACUUUAAAGGAAGUUUUUAAAACUCCACUUCCAGAGUUGGAGCUAGUUUCUCCAACUAUUAGGAAAAAAGCUCCUAAAAAUGUGGCUUCUCCCCAAAGCCAAAACUUUCAGCCGUUCCAAACUCAACAGCCAUCCGAUUACGAUCUUAGUAGAAUGCAGUGGAGGCUUUUCCUUACAUCUUUUGACCCAAGACUAGACAAUGUUAGAAUUAUCAAACCUAUUCCUCCUUUGGGGAUGAAGCUUUCAAAAACGGUUACUGACUGUACUGAAUACUAUUACAAAGCGUUCAAACUACAAUAUUUAUCUAUAUCCGGGAUAAUGUAUAGCAAAAAAAUCAGCAGAUCUGUAAAUGAUUCAAUUAAUAAAGAACUUAAACAGUGGUGCAGCGGAAUGAUGGUGAAUUGGUAUCGUCAAUUACAAAAAAUGGGUCUAAUUGUCCCAAAACCCGGCAGGUUUAAUAGGUAG